GCACGACUUCCAGCUACUGCGCCUUCCCAGCAGCUCCUGAUUCAGUACCUGGACCGGGGGCUGAGCGACGGGCUGGACGAGUGAAGCUCGAGGUCUCACUCAGGCGCCAGCUCCUCCUUGCCCCUGGGCCGUGGCACAGGAGCUGCUCUUCUGGAAUGUCGCGAUCCACUUAAGGAUGAGGCAGACUUGGUGACAAGCUGGUCUAAGCAGAGCCAGAACUGAGCCCAGCUGAGAGUGUACCCUGGCGCAGCCUGGAUUCCUGGGGGGGCCCGGCAGCCAUACGCAGCCAUGCAUUACCCAGCUGCACUCCUCUUCCUCAUCCUGGCCAAUGAGGCCCAGGCCUUUCGCAUCUGCGCCUUCAAUGCCCAGCGGCUGACGCUGGCCAAGGUGGCCAGGGAGCAGGUGAUGGACACCUUAGUUCGGAUCCUGGCUCGCUGUGACAUCUCAGUGCUGCAGGAGGUGGUGGACUCUUCCGGCAGUGCCAUCCCCCUCCUGCUUCGAGAACUCAAUCGCAGAUUUGAUGGCUCUGGGCCCUACAGCACCCUGAGCAGCCCCCAGCUGGGGCGCAGCACCUACAUGGAGACCUAUGUGUACUUCUAUCGGUCACAUAAAACACAGGUCCUGAGUUUCUACGUGUACAACGACAAGGAUGAUCUCUUCGCCCGGGAGCCAUUUGUGGCCCAGUUCUCUUUGCCCAGCAAGGUCCUUCCCAGCCUGGUGUUGGUUCCACUGCACACCACUCCUAAGGCCGUGGAGAAGGAGCUGAAUGCCCUCUACCAUGUGUUUCUGGAGGUCUCCCAGCACUGGCAGACCAAGGAUGUGAUCCUGCUUGGGGACUUCAAUGCUGACUGUGCGUCACUGACCAAAAAGCGCCUAGACAAGCUGGAGCUGCGGACAGAGCCAGGCUUCCACUGGGUGAUUGCCGAUGGGGAGGACACCACGGUGCGGGCCAGCACCCACUGCACCUAUGACCGCAUCGUGCUGCACGGGGAGCGCUGUCAGAGCCUGCUGCACACUGCGGCAGCCUUUGACUUCCCCACUAGCUUCCAGCUCACCGAGGAGGAGGCCCUCAACAUCAGUGACCACUACCCCGUGGAGGUGGAGCUGAAGCUGAGCCAGGCGCACAGUGUCCAGCCCCUCAGCCUUGCUGUCCUGUUGCUGCUGUCACUCCUGCCCCCUCAGCUGUGCCCUGCCACCUAAGCGUCCCCGCUCUAGAGCCUGCUGCCUUUUAGGACUCAAACCCCAGCCUCCCCCGUCGAUCUGACCCUGUGACUGCAGUCCGCCCCCACCUUUUGUUUGAUCUGGCUCUUGUUCUUUGGUUGGGCUUGUGCCUAGAUGAGGAGAGGAAUCCCGGGUCUCCAAGGCUGGACUCAUGCCACCCGCCAGGUAGUGUAGUAUCAGGAGUGGAGACAAAGUGGGGUCCGGGUUGGGGGAGGGGAAGGGAGGGCUCAGAAAGAGGAAUCAAGACUUUCUGUAACAAGAAAAGUUACUGAGAACAAAACUUCCAAUGGGGGAGGUAGGGCACUAGUGCAUAUGCCAAUGGGCCAUCUUUAUCGUGGAUUGGGAAGAAUCACCAGGAAACCAUGAAGCCCCCAUAGCUACAAGGAGGGUGAUUAAGCCACUCCAUCAAACCACUUCCCUGAAACCAGCAAACACCAGGAAAUGUUUCAGUUCAUUGUAAUCAGUGAGCACUGCAGUCAGGCCUGUCGUAACCACCACGCAGCUGUGCUUGCCACCCGGUGCUGUUGUCUGGGUUGGCACAGGCUUCUGCCUGUCUGGCAAGGUCCAGCCAAGGCUGCUUAAGGCAACAGAUGCACACAAAAAAUAUGCACCAGUUGUGUAACCUAAAAAGCUCCUAUUUGAAGCCAGGAGCCCCAGGAAAGGGGCUGCAGGACACAGAGUAAAAGGUGAGCAGCCUGCUGAGCCCUCCCUCCUCACCUGCCACUGCCCAAAAAGAGCAGUCAACAGGCCGUGCACUAACUCUGAUCACAUUUCCGGUAUGGAACCAUUGCCCCAAGGUAAACAAAAAUAAAGGUAUUCCCAGGUAUGUUUGGCAAAAUAAAUAAAUGAAGGUAAUUAAAACCCUUAGAAA